GUUGAGGUCUAUAUAAGGAGGGGGUCUGUAGACGCAUCCACCGGUAAGUUGGUUUGGGAGAAAUUAGCAAGUCAACUGGACAAAGUAUCUUGAGUUGAAGCAAGAUCUCAGCGUCUGGGCCCAAACUUCGCAAAACCCCCAUCAUCCGCAAUGAACAAACCAGGCCUCAUUAAUGCUCUUAUUACCGCCAUAAAUUCUACAUCGGUCCUCCGCACUGGGACAGAAAAUCCAAACCUCCAUGGGACCCCGACAAAUGCGACUCUAAUGACCACAGUCGGGAUGGCGAAUUGUACUCAAGCCUGUGCGCUAGGGGGUCUGGCCUGUGUGGUGGCUCUUCCUAAUGAGGCCAACUUCUGGUACGUGGCUUGGGCUCUUUUUGAGGAAAGGGAGGAGGGGGGGAUGGUGCAAUACCAAUCUCGUAACUUGAGACGAUCGCUGACGGGGGUUUGUAGCUGGGAUUCGUUCUCCGGGUGCAUUAACCGUUGCUAGAAAGUGAUAUAGUAAAGUUCACAGGAUCAGAUUGGAGAAGAUCCACUGGUUGGAUAAAAGGUCCGCACGUGCUUCGAUGCCCGUCUGGACGGGGCGAUUCACCGUAGGAAAAUUAGGGUUGCUUGGAAUAAAA